AUGAGCGCGUGCUUCUUGAGUGGACACAUAGAUAUAGAAAACUGCUACACUUGCAAUUUGCUUGUGCAUCAGCAGGAUACAAAUGACGAAUGUUUCGGCUACGUGUCGGCCGAUUUUAAAAACCAAUUUAAAGAAGUUAAAGUGCACGGGCAAGAUGAUGAGGACUCGAACGAAUACAAACUUGCACAGGCCAUAGAUGGGGUGCUGAAUAGCGUUUACAAAAUUGACACAAAUGGAAACCAACAACUAAUCACAGCACAAGAAGUAGAUGCAAAUGUGAAGGAACAGUUAAGUUACUAUUGUCAUGUGUUGAAAGAAGUGGACACCACUGGUACUCUAGAUGUACAUACAAUUGGUUGUGUAAUGGAAGUCUUUAACAACCUUGUAAAUUUGUUACAAAAACACGGAGAAGAAAGUUACUCAACGUUAGAAUUGAAGUUACAAAAUCCAGCCAUUUGCCUCAAAAAUGUAAACGACUGGGUGCUCAAUAAGAAGGGAUUAGUGUUGCCUCAGUUGCAAAAUGCUGGUGGUCAUGUCUACUUUGGAGAAAAUAUUCAGGCGCAAAAUGAACAAAACUGUUGUCACUCAACCUAUGAGGAAGGGGCUGAUGGAAUAAUCGACUUGUCCAUCGUGCAAACAAAUCCACACGCUUCAUCCACUCCAUUCACCAACCAUAUGUUUUGCAAUUAUGAUUAUUGUGAUAAGACCAAGGAUACCAGCAGCUGCAUGUCCAAAAUUGAAGCGGAAGAUCAGGGUGUGUGUGCCACGUCUUGGCUAUUCGCUUCUAAAUUACACUUAGAAACGAUUAAGUGCAUGAAGGGUUAUGAACACAUCCCAACCUUUUUGACUAAUAUAAAUGUGACCAUAUGCGGAACGAAUAAUGUAGACAAUGUAACCCAGGGGAGUGAUAAAGGAACAAGUGGAGGGAAUAGUGACUCGUCCCCUCCUUCGAAAAACAAUUGUCCAAGUGAUGGAUCCAAAAAUGAUGUGACAGAUUUUCCAACUACAACUAUAUCGUUUUAUAUGCCCCUCAAUUUAGAAGGCGGGGGAUCUAAAAAUGAAAGUGCAAGCAGUUCACACAAAGUGGAAGAGGCAACGGAUGCCUCUCCUCCCCCAUCCAGCAAUAAUGAUACUGAAGAGGACAGCAGCUCCAGUGACAAGAAAGAAGAGCACACAGAUAUUACUUCACCGGAGCUUCAACCAACGACACCACCCGCCAGUGAAGUAAUAGCACAAAGUAACCAAACAGCAGUACAAAUUUUCGAAGGAAAUACAACCCAAUCCAAUGACCUCAUUAAUGGCCCAAUGCAAGUAGAAUCAGCUUUAUUAAAAAACUACAAUGGGAUCAAAGUUACAGGUCCUUGCGGAUCCUACUUUAGAGUGUACCUAGUACCCCACAUACUAAUCUAUGCCUUAACAAAAAAUACAAUUAUUCAAGUAGAAUCCCUCUUCGAUGAUAACACCAGGGUAGAUUUUGAAUACGCUGAUGACAUCGUGAAUAAGUGUGAGGAGGGGAAGAAUUUCAAACUCAUUCUCUACUUGAAGGAUAAUAUCUUGACUCUCAAGUGGAACGUGCUUCCAUCUUCAGAGGAGGAUGACUCGGCGACCAACACCAAGGCGGACGUGCGAAAAUUCAAAAUCCCGCAGCUGGAGCGCCCGUUCACCUCGAUACAGGUGUACACAGCGGACGCGAAGGCAGGCAUUAUCGAGAGUAAAAACUACGCCCUGGGCGCGGACAUUCCGGACAAGUGCAACGCCAUCGCCACGGACUGCUUCCUAAACGGAAAUAUAAACAUCGACAAGUGCUACCAAUGCACGCUGCUGGUUCAGAGCGCCGACCAGACCUCCGGCGAGUGCUUCAAGUACGUGUCCAAGGACUUACAAGACCAGCAUAACAACGCCAAGGUGAAGGGACAAGAUGACGUGAACCCUAAAGAGUACGAACUGAUCGAAGCCAUCGAUAUCAUCCUAAAGAACAUUUACAAAGUUGAUAGGAUCAAAAAAAAAAAAGUUCUAAUCAGCAUGGAUGACCUGGAUGAUGUGUUGAAGGCAGAACUCUUAAAUUAUUGUAAACUGUUAAAAGAAAUGGACGUGAAGGGUACUUUAGAUAAUUUUGAAUUGGGAAACGAGGUCGAUAUAUUUAAUAACAUGAUUAGACUACUGAGUAUGCACCCCAAGGAAAACAUUAUCACGUUGCAGGAUAAAUUACGCAACACUGCAAUAUGCUUGAAGAAUGUUGAUGAAUGGGUUGAAAACAAACGAGGGUUAGUUCUUCCAGAAGGGGGAGAGGAAAAGUCUUCGCUUGAAGAAAAGUCUGCCCAAGUGGACGAGGAUGGGGACGAAAAACAUGUAAAGCAAAGUGAAUUGUUCAAUCAGGACAUGUACAGAAAGGAUGAAGAUGGCACCAUAGAUUUGGUCAAAGCAGGAAAGGAAUUAAAAUUAAGGUCGCCUUAUUUUAAAAAUAGCAAGUACUGCAAUUACGAAUAUUGUGACAGAUGGAAGGAUAAAACGAGUUGUAUUUCAAAUAUUGAGGUGGAAGAACAAGGCAACUGUGGUGUCUGCUGGGUGUUCUCAUCGAAAUUGCACUUGGAAACUAUUAGGUGCAUGAGAGGGUAUGGACACUUCCGAAGCUCGGCUCUGUUUGUGGCCAACUGCUCCAAAAGGAACCGAAAAGAUGUUUGUGAAGUGGGAUCCAACCCAAUAGAAUUUCUUCAAAUUGUCCGUGACACAGGAUUCCUUCCCCUUGAAAGCGACCACCCUUAUCUGCACAAACACGUCAUUAACCAAUGUCCUAAGAUUAAAGAAAAUUGGGUCAACCUAUGGGGCAAUACCAAAUUACUCUCUAACAAAUUGUAUGGCCAUUUUAUGAUGUACAAAGGAUUAAUUUCUUAUGAAACUCGGCACUUCAAAGAUAAUAUGCACGUGUUCAUAGACUUGGUAAAACGAGAGGUGCAAAAUAAAGGCUCUGUAAUUAUUUAUAUAAAAACUAAGGAUGAAAUUGGAUACGAUUUUAAUGGCAAAGGAGUGCAUAACAUGUGUGGUCAUAGAGUACCUGACCAUGCUGCUAAUAUUAUUGGGUACGGAAAUUAUAUCAGUGUUACUGGGGAGAAGAGGUCCUACUGGUUGAUUAGAAACAGCUGGGGAUACUACUGGGGUAAUGAAGGAACCUUCAAAGUAGAUAUGCUUGGACCAAAGGGAUGCAAAUAUAACUUCAUUCACACCGCCAUCGUUUUUAAAGUCAACUUGGGUGCUAUUGAUUUGCCCAAUAAAGAUGUGAACAUCAAUCGUACCUACUUCCCGAAACACAGCUCGGACUUUUUUCACAGUCUCUACUUUAACAACUACGAUGAUGAAGCAGAUAAGCCAAGGAAAAUUUUCCACAAGCACCGAAACAAAGACAACAAGCGCCAUGUCCAUGGGUGGUACAAGUGGAAGAAGGGCCCGAAUGGGUGGAGAAUUUCAGGUCAAGAUGGAGACGACGCUAUUGAAGGUGCAUCUUGGGGAGAAUAUUAUGAAGGGGGGCUUCCUGGCAUACCUCCACAAAGUCCCAAGCUCAGCUCAUCCGCAGAAAAAAAAAUUCAAAUACUACACAUCCUCAAGCAUAUUGAUAACUCCAAAAUUAUGCGAGGAAUGGUAAAGUAUGAUAAUAUAAGCGAGACGCAAAAUGACCACAGCUGCGCUAGGGUUCAUUCGAAGAACCCAGACAGGAUGGAAGAAUGCAAAACCUUCUGUGAGGAAAAUUGGAACAGCUGCAAGAAUCACUACUCUCCUGGGUAUUGCUUGUCCAAGUUGUACAAUGGUGGCAACUGCUACUUCUGCUAUGUCUGA